AUGGAUAAACGUAAAAGAAAGAAAACAGGCAAAGCUCCAGUUCGUCAACUCGUUGAUGAUGAAGAAUUUUUUGAUGAUUUACCAACUACAACACGUUCAACUAUUAGCUUUUCAUCAUCGAAUUCAAACAACAAUAACUUCAAUCGAUUAACAAACAAGAAUAACAUAUCUUCACCAUUGAACAAUAGCAACAGUGAUAGCAAUAGCAACACAGCUUCAUCAUUAAAUAACAGCAAUACAGCUUCAUCAUUAAACAACAGCAAUACAGCUUCAUCAUUAAACAACAGCAAUACAGCUUCAUCAUUAAACAACAGCAAUACAGCUUCGUUAUUGAACAACAGCGAUAGUAUUAACAACACAGCUUCAUCAUUGAGCAACAACAACAGCAAUGAUAGUAAUACAACUUCAUUAUCGAACAACAAUACCAACACAACAUCAUUAAUUCCUGUUAAUAUUACAGGUCGUAAAUCGUGUUCAAAAGUUUGGCUAUGGGCAAUAAAAAGUGCUGAUGGUCAAUCGGCAGCAUGUAAAUUAUGUGACUUUACUUGCAGUACUGCUGAUCAUUCAACUUCUACUAUUCGUUAUCAUUUAAUUAAAGAACAUGACAAAUACGAUUUAAUUGUUAAAUCAUCAGAAGAAUCCGAUAAACCAAAUAUCUCGGAACAUUUGAAACGGGAACUUCAUUAUUUAUGUUAUCGUGCUAUUAUUAUUGAUCAACGUCCAUUUAAUGACUUUCGUAAAAGUGGAAUACUUGAUAUCUUCAAAAAAAUAUCUCCAGGAUAUACACCACCACACAGAAACCAAGUAUCGAAAGAACUCAAAAAUUUACAUAACCAUUACACUAACUUACUUAAAAAUGAAUUAAAACAAGUUGAUUAUAUUGGUCUGACUUUUGACUUCUGGACCAACCGUCAGUCUAUGUCUUUCUUAUGCAUUACUGGACAUUGGUUCAAAGAUCCACCUCUUGAAUUUGUCUCUACAGUUAUUGAUUAUUCAUGUUUUAAUGAACGUCAUACUGCCACUAAUAUAGCACAAGUACUCAAAGAAAAACUAAUGAAUCUUGAUAUCUAUCACAAAAUUAUUGCUAUUACAUGUGAUGGAGCACCAAAUGUAGUUGCAGCAUUGAAUCAACUUGAUGAUUUUAUUAAACGAAUUUGGUGUUGUGCACACAGGUUGCACAUAGUAGUUAUCAAUGCUCUUGGAUUCUGGAAGCAACUUGAUGACAAAGAUAAUACUACGUCUUCAUCAACAAAUCCUGCUACAACAAGUAUUACAUCUGCAGAUGUUACUUCGAAAAGUCAAGAAAAUGUGAUGGAUGUCAGCUGGUGUGGUGAAGAUCAACCAGAUAAUUCAUCAAAUGUUGAUACAAAUAAUAAUAAUCUAAUUACGGCAAAUGAUAUGAAUUUAUCUCAUCAAUCUGAUAAAGAAGAAAUUGAUUUAAUUGAUGGUGAAGAAGAUAUUGAUGAAACUGAAAAUAUUGAUUUAAUCGAAGAUUGUUGGUCAACAACCAUCGAUACAACUGUUGCUACAACAGAAGAGAUACAAAUUAUCAUUAAAUUAUUAAAAAAAUGUCGAAAUAUUGCACGUAUAUCCAAAAAAUCAACAAUUAUAUCUGCUUUUAUUCGUGCAUACAAUCUUUUAGUUAAGGUGAAUAAAACCAUAUCAAUCGAUUGCAAAUCAAGGUGGAACAGUACAUUCAAAUUAUUAGAAUCAUUAGUUUUAUGUAAAGAUGCAAUUGUAAAAUUAUUUAAUGAAAAACGAACAUUAAAAUUAACAAAAGAUCAACUUGAUAAAUUAUGUAGUAUGGAAUUGAACAGUCAUGAUUGGGAUUUCUUAUCAUCAUUGUAUUAUGUUUUAAAACCAUUUUUUGGAGCAACUCAUCUGAUGUCUGGAAAAUAUUAUCCGUCUAUCGGACUUUCUUAUCAUGCAAUACAAAAAGUGUAUGGUUUUUGUUUACAUUAUCAAAAUAAUAAUGAACAAAUUAUACGUUUAAAAAAAUUAUUAUUGUCACAAUUAUACAAAUAUUUCUUUAAUGAUCCACAACAACUUGAAUAUUUACAGUAUCAUGCUUUUUUUGAUCCAGUUGCUCAUAGAACUUUUUCUGAUCUUGAAACACAACAAUGUGAAAGAUACGUGAGAAACUUAGUAUUGAACGACACGUAUCCAAUAAAGCAAGUUUCAGCUGAUACUGAAAAAUCUUUAUCUACAGCUGGUGGAAAUUCGUCAUACUCAACAACAUCUAGUGAAUCACAACAUCCAUUUUUAUCAUCAACUACAUCGAAAGUGAAAUCUGUUUAUGAUGCAUUUAUUGAAGCUUGCGAAGAUCAAGAAAUAUCAUACCAAUCAACAAAAGAAAAAGUAAAAGAAUAUUGA